UUUUGGUGUAAAUCUGGACUCUAAUUCUGUAAUAUAUCAAGGAAUCUCGUAAAACCGACACUAAAACGUCCCUGACUACAAAUCAUCCGGCCAAAUUAUGAGUUCAUUGUAUUAUGCGAAUGCUUUAUUUUCUAAAUAUCCAGCCGCAAGUUCGGUUUUCGCUCCAGGAGCCUUCCCCGAACAAACUUCUUGCGCCUUUGCCUCCAACCCCCAGCGCCCCGGCUAUGGAGCAGGUCCGGGAGCCCCCUUCUCCGCCUCGGUGCAGGGUCUGUACUCCGGCGGGGGGGGCAUGGCGGGCCAGAGCGCGGCCGGCGUCUAUGCAGCCGGCUAUGGGCUCGAACCGAGUUCCUUCAACAUGCACUGCGCGCCCUUUGAGCAGAACCUCUCCGGGGUGUGUCCGGGCGACCCCGCCAAGGCGGCUGGCGCCAAGGAGCAGAGGGACUCGGACUUGGCGGCCGAGAGUAACUUCCGGAUCUACCCCUGGAUGCGAAGCUCAGGGACUGACCGAAAGCGGGGCCGCCAGACCUACACGCGCUACCAGACCCUGGAGCUGGAGAAAGAAUUUCACUACAAUCGCUACCUGACUCGGCGGCGGCGCAUCGAGAUCGCGCACGCGCUCUGCCUCACCGAAAGACAGAUCAAGAUCUGGUUUCAGAACCGGCGCAUGAAGUGGAAAAAGGAGAACAAAACCUCAGGCCCAGGAACCACUGGCCAGGACAAGGCGGAAGCAGAGGAGGAGGAGGAGGAAGAGUGAGGCACAGAGAAAGUGAAGAGGAGGAAAGAGAAUAGAGAAAGAACCCAAUUGUGGGAACUGAACAGGAAACUCAAAAUAAGGGGGCAAACUAUUUAAAUGAAGAGGUCUAAAAAUAAUAAGGAAAGAGAAGUGUGACAUUUGGGUUUCUUAACACUGUAAAAAAAAAAUACUACCUAUGGGAAAGUGUGUGGUUUGUUUUUGUACAGUAUAGGAAGGGCAUUAUCUACCUGCUUUGUGGCUUUUUGGAAUGUGCCUCCCCUUUUCUAUGUUGCUAGUAAGGUCUUUGUAAAAUCUUGCUGUUUUGUAAGCCCUCUUUGAAGCUGUCUUUGUGAACCAUGGUUCCAGAUGAACAGAUUAGCGUGUGGUUCCUUACCUACCCCUUACUUCCCAGUAGCAGUACUAGAAGGGCCUUAUGGCGCCCCGAGGAUCCACUAGCUUCUGCGUCUGGUGCAUUUGUCUGCUGAUUCUAGCUCCUAUCCGAGAGCCUUUUUCUGUAUAUCUGAAGGAUGAAAAAUA